GUUUACUGUUGAGUGUACUACUAUAUAGACUGUACUCUCAACUCUGUCACUACGACGAUUUGUAUCUCGUAUGUCUAAGUGACUUAGUGUCAGUAAUUGGUUAGUAUUAGCAUUUGUAAUAUAUUGGUAAUAUUUUGAUCUAUACAUAUUCAAAAUUCUAAGGUGACGAUUGUCGGUCUGAAUAAUAUAGUACAGUGACUAAUCAUUAUUCGUUAAUUUAUUAUCUACUAUCAAAUAUUAAGAACCCAAAAGUUAUGAACUAUGAAGUAUUAACUGAUAGACUACAGACAUUCCAUGGACAUUUACUUAUUUUAAAAUAAAUUAUUAAAUAUUUAUACAUUAUCAAGUGAAAUCAUAAUAAUAUCAAUUACAUUAAUGCAUUGUGAUGGCUACUGUCGAAAAGAGUUCACUAUCAUCUGAGUUUUCAUCACUUCUGUCAAAUACACUUACCAGUCUAGGACAAGAACGACUAUUCAACAUUGCUUUUGUAUUCACUGUUGAAACUGGCUUUAUUCCAACUUCUUUGGCAGAAAAAUUCAACUCAACUGAUUCAAAUAUUAAACUAGCUAAAAUGAUUAAGAGCCAGCCACUAAAUUCAUUUUGGUAUAAAAAUAAUGAAAAUUUUCAUGCUGAGCUAGUAAUGUCUAAUCAGUUAUGCCAUUUAAUUGGUAUUUCUAUUGGUGAUUCAUUAAUUUUAACAUUAACUCACUCAAAUAUAUCAAAAUGCAUUAAUUUUGAAGCUGAUGAAACUAUUUCUUGUGAAAAUAUAGAAAGUUUAUUUGAUUUAUCUUUAAAAUUUAAAAAUUUGGUUAGUGUUCCAAUUAAAUGUGCCAUAUUGGAAAUUACUGUUGGUCAAUAUCCUUCUUUAUGUGGAUUACCUGAGGAAUUGAUUCCCUAUAUUUUGGCAGAACUAGAGCCCUCUGAUUUGAAUGCACUAAUGAAAUCUUGUAAAAAAAUAUAUCAUUUAGUGAUCAACAACCGGUUAAUAUUAAAAAAAUUGCGAUUGAACAGAUAUAAAAAAUACCAGUAACGUUUGGAAUUUCACAACUAUUUCAUAAUGCUGAUUGGAGAUUUUUUUACUAUAAAAUUAACAAUAAAAAAUUUCCUGGAAA